AUGCCGAAAUUUCGUACCCAUCAGCGCUCGUCGGACUCGGUGGACUUUGAACACACCGCAGCAUUGAAAGAGUUAGAGGAACUGACUCUCACAGGAACGGAGCAUACCAGCUCGAGCGAACAAUCACCGCAGCCGGCGAAGGAUGCAGCUAUAUUACAUUUCCCCGGCGCACGAGCUCUAGCUCGGACUCCUCCAGUCAACCCAGCUCAGGCUUUGCACAGCAACACCGCAAUGCCCGGUGUGAGUGUCAUCGAGAAGAUUACUGUCUUCAAGGACGAGGGAAGAACGACUAGGCGACCCAUUAAAGUUGCGAACUGCUCAGCAGAGAGUGUGGCGAUCUCGAAUACACUUCGCACUCGCGGCAAGCACUCUCGCUCUACAUCUGACACCACCGUGAGUCAUGUCACCUCUACGCCGAUUACUUUGUCGCAACCUGGUCGAGGAGAAGCUUCGAAUAUUUCAAAUAAGAAUGAUGGAGACGGUGUAAAGGUUGCAGCAGGUUCUUCCACACUUGUCCGAAAGUUGCAAGACAUCGCCAUCAGAAGGGCGAAACUAAUCAAUGAGUUCACCGCGCUUGAGGCAGAGGAAGCCGCAACUCUCACACAACUUGCACAAUCGACGGACAUAAAAACGCGCCUGGAAACCUCGAAGGCACAUAUCGUUGAAGCUGUACCGACUCCACUACCGUCGAAUACCGUCACUCGAACCCCGGCGCGCCCGCUCUCACGGCCUUCGAAGGCUACCCAGGCGAGGAGUAUGUCAAAAGCCGCACUCACACGCCCUGUUUCUGCACCACCAAAGUCUACGCCAUCGGGCCCUCGUCAUCGCGCACUCAGCACAUCGAAGCGCAUUCCGCUCACUGACAAGACGGAAGAUGUACUUGCGACGAUCGAUACCACACCGUUGUAUGCAAAAGAGUGGAAUGCUUCACCAGUCAAACCAGAGGAUACUACAACUACCAAGGCAGCCGAGUCAACACCCUCGCCGUUAAAACGUGGCAGAAUAACACGAGUGCCAACUAAGUUUGGAGACGGCUCAAUAUCCAGUGAGGACGUGGGGACUAUUAAUCAGUUUAGUGUGACGAGUGGAAAGUUGAGAGGGCGAGAGAGUAGGAAUAGUAGCAGAGGAAGGAGCAAGAGCAGAAGUGUCAACUCUAGUGAGAAUUGGAGUAGGAACACCACUAGUCCUAGUACACCCGCUGCGAGACCUGAUAUUGCGCGCUCUUACGAUAUCCCGCCUACAGUCUCUCGGAAACGGUGGGACUUUUAA